AGUCGCCCUCUCUUGUGCACUCUCCGUCUCUCUAGCCCUCCUUUAGUUUCAGAAGUUUCUCCCCUCCCCCUCCCUCUCACUUCUUUUCGCCUUAUAACAAGGUCAGUGAAGGAUUCCUCGGAAUAUUCCGCACCCUGUGAGGGAACAUUAUGCCCUUUGGAGGAUUCCAGCCCAUUGAUGGGGGGCAGCAGGUCGUCCCCCGCACGGCGGUCACCAGGACGCUGGUUCUGUCCAUCUUCACCGCCAUCCUGGGAUCAUUCCAAUUUGGAUACAAUAUCGGUGUCAUCAACGCUCCGCAAAAGAUCAUUGAGCAAAGUUACAAUGAAUCCUACAUCAGCCGUCAUGCUCCACAUUCGCAGUCUAUGGACCCCGGACUCCUGCGGACCCUGUGGUCUCUGUCUGUGGCCAUCUUUUCCAUCGGUGGGAUGGCGUCCUCACUCUGUGUUGGAGUCGUGUCUCAGUGGCUCGGACGGAAACGCGCGAUGAUCGUCAAUAACAUCUUUGCCUUUCUUGGGGGGAGCUUGAUGGGGUUAACCCAGAUCAGUCAAUCCUACGAGAUGAUGAUCAUCGGGAGAUUUCUCAUUGGAGCGUAUUCAGGUCUGGCGUCUGGUUUGGUCCCAAUGUAUGUGGGUGAGAUUUCUCCGACACAUCUACGAGGGGCCCUUGGGACCCUACAUCAGCUCAGUCUCGUGAUAGGUAUUCUGGUCGCUCAG